CAAAACGUAAAUGAUUCGCGGGAAAAGGUGAAAAAAUGGCGACUUGCACAGGCACAAUUUAGGCGCUGCACUUUUUCUAACCCAGAAACUUUCUUUUGCGAAUGGAAUAUCGCACCGCAAGCGGAGGCAUCGGCAUUUUUGCGGGCGUUUUCUCCAGGACUGGGGAGGAAUCAGAGCGGGCGUGUAGGUGGUAAGGAUGCUGGAGGAAGCGUUCCGGGACAGUUACCUGGCUGUGGGUCCAGAGGAGCUGGAAGCCAAGCAUUUGCUGCCCAAGCAUGAGAAGGGUUGUGGUGACCUGGAGAGCAAGCUGACCGUGGGUCAGUAUGUGCUCUGCCGCUGGUCUGAUGGACUUUACUACCUGGGGAGGAUCCAGAGAGUGAGCCCGUCGAAGCAAAGCUGCUUUGUCACAUUCGAAGACAACUCCAAAUUUUGGGUUUUGUGGAAGGACAUCCAGCACGCUGGCGUCCCGGGAGAAGAACCCAAAUGCUCCGUGUGUUCUGAGAUGACCGUUGCAUCUGAUAAUAAAAUUCUAAUCUGCGGGAAGUGUGGAAUAGGCUACCAUCAGCUGUGUCAUGUGCCGCCAGUGGAGAGCUCAGGUGACCUGUCCCCGUGGUUCUGCAGGAGGUGUAUUUUCGCCUUAGCCGUGAGAAAAGGGGGCGCCCUGAAGAAGGGCCCUAUAGCCAAAGCGCUGCAGGCCAUGAAGCAGGUGCUGACCUACAACGCGGAGGAGCUGGAGUGGGACUCGCUACACCGGACCAACCAGCAGCAGUGCUACUGCUACUGUGGAGGGCCCGGAGAAUGGUACCUGAAGAUGCUGCAGUGUUUCCGCUGUGAGCAGUGGUUUCACGAGGCUUGCACGCAGUGCCUACAAGAGUCCGUGAUGUUUGGCGAUAGGUUUUACUUGUUCGUCUGUGCGGUGUGCAAUAAGGGAGUGGAGUACAUCAAACGGCUGGCCCUGCGGUGGGUGGACGUGGUUCAUCUUGCUCUCUACAACCUGGGAGUGCAGAGCAAGAAAAAGUACUUUGAACUGGAGGAGAUCCUCAAUUUCAUCUGCAACAACUGGGAACAUUUCCAACUGGGCAAGCUUGCCAACACGCCCUCCGCAGAGAGAGGCCAGCUCAUCCUCGAUGCCCUUAACAACUACAAAAGCAAGUUUCUAUGUGGAAAGGAGAUUAAAAAAAGGAAGUGCAUCUUUCGGCUGCGGACGCGGGUUCCCCCAAAUCCCCCCUUGAAGCUGUUUCCAGAGAAGACCCCGAAAAGCGAGGGCCAUCGGAGCUGUAAAAGAGGUGGUGGACGGAAUGGGUGCGGUCCCGCGGAGAAGAGGAGGAAGAAGAGGGCCAAAUGGCUUCUGGAGGAUGCUAUCCCCAACAAUGAGCUGACGUCCAGCUGGAGCUCCAACCACCACAUGGCGAACAUCUUUGACUUCACGCUCGAUGAGCUGCAGAGUUUGAAGAGCACAAGCUCAGGGCAGACACUGAGUCUGGACCAGGACUCCACAGAUGCUGCUAGCACUUCAGGUUCUGCCACCACCAGUGUUUCGUAUGACUUCAGGAAGAACGUGGGCAGCCGGAAGAGGAAGCUGCCGUCGUCCAAUUACAGCGCCCUGGCCAGCAAGCGGGAGGCGGUGGAGAGCGAGGUGGGCGUGGCAUGUGAGGUGGGCGUGGCCGGCGAGGAAGCCACAGGCAGGGUGGGCAGUGCCAUCGACAGCCAUACCCUGGAGAGCCUCAGCGAGGACGACUCCUCCCUCUCGCACCUCAAGUCGUCCAUCAGCAGCUACUUUGGGGCGGCGGGGCGGCUCACGUGCGGCGAGAAGUACCAGGUGUUGGCCCGGAGGGUCACGCCAGAGGGCAAGGUGCAGUACCUGGUGGAGUGGGAGGGCACUACGCCCUACUGAUAGGUGUAACGGUUGGAGGGUGGGCGAAGAGACGUGGAGUCGCCGGGCAGGUGUUCUCCCUUCCAGUCCUGGCUAACCCCACUGGACUCAGGUGCUCAGGUGCACUAGGCAGGCCAGAGCAGACGUAGCUACGUGGGCCCCGAGGUUCCUAAAGACAUGCUUGCGUUAAGAUGGUCCCUGGAUAGCAGCGCGAACAUGUGGCUUGAAUCGGCGAGACGUUCCUCGCGUCAUGGUGCUUUGGGGAAAGUGUAGUGUGAUCUUCCAGGACUGGGAGUGAAGAAUGCUGGUUUGGACUGAGUGUAACCAUAUACAAAGUAGUGUCUCUUCCUUUUAGGCCCUUUUCUUAUGUUACACCUCUAAAGUCCACAGUUUGAGGUUUUUCUACUUGACCUUAGAAUUAUAUGGGAGAACACUUCGUUUCCAUACUUGCCCUGUGGUGGGCACCGAAGUGUUUUUAAUUCACUGUCAUGGUGUCUUGUUGACAGGACACUGUGAACAGCACAGAAUACAGAUUUCUGGGUAAUAUUUUAUCUUAUACUUCUUUGUAGUUUCAUGUGUUUCCUUUUUAGACUAGUUUCAGUUGUUUCAGUUGUCUAAGAUCAAGAUGAUAUGAGGUAAAAUGCCAUGUACGUUUUUUGAAGAAGGUUUUUAAAGGGAAUACAAAAAAAGGCUUAUUAAUGUUCACCCUAUACCUAAGUUAAAUGGUAUUUUCGGCAUACAAAAUAUUGUAUGUGCUGUUCAGCCUGAAGGUGGCAGUAUAGCAACCCAGCCACUCUAUAUGGCUAUGCAACCCACAUUAAAGUACAGAAAGAUAUACAAUAUUUUAUUUUUAAAACAAGAGAAUAUAUAUAUAUAUGUGUGUGUGUGUGUGUAUGUA